AUGCCCCGACAAAACCAGCGAUCAGCAGUACCGGAUCAUAACUGUAGUGCUUGUGAUUUACCUGACGACAGUAAAAUGGUGAGCUGUGACGAGUGCCAUGCGUGGUUUCACUUUACCUGUGUCGGUGUUACUCAAGAAAUCGAGGAUCACAGUUGGAGCUGCUCGAAGUGCGCAAAUGACUCCAAGAAAGAUGAACACGACACAGGUGACGAUUUGACGGCAAACAAUAGCACUGACCCGCAACCUAUGCCAAACCCAUUGUUAUCAGGUACAUCGAAGGUACAAUUAGCCGAAUUACAAUUACAACUGCUAGAAGAAGAGUACGCGCUUGAGCGAAAGUUCCUACAAAGGAAGUAUGAACUUUUAAUGACGACCAAAACAGGGAAUUUAGGGACAGACAGCACCAUCUUGCCACCGCGGCAUCAGUCAUCUACCCUACCGCCGCGGCUCACAGCGCCUUUUCUCAAUCCCGUGAAUCCGUUACUCGAUACAGCCACAGUGAAUGAUACAGUAUUGCUCAACCAAAGCCAAAUUGCUGCACGUCACGCCGUAUCAAAAGAGUUACCAGUCUAUAACGGCAACCCUGAAGAAUGGCCACUAUUUUUCGCGACCUUCGAAAACACAACAAAGCUUUGUGGAUACACUCCUGAGGAAAACAUGGCGCGAUUGCAACGAUGCCUCAGAGGUAAAGCACUAGACGCUGUCCGCUGUCAGCUUCUGCACCCUUUAAAUUUGGGGCACGUCUUGUCGACACUCAAAAUGUUAUUCGGACGACCAGAAAUUAUUGUCUAUUCACUGGUUCAGAAAAUCAAUCAUAUUCCAUCGCCACGAGCAGAUAAGCUAAACUCGAUCGUCGAUUUUGCGCUAGCUGUGCGAAACAUGGUAGCCACAAUACAGGCAUGCAAUCUAGAAGAACAUCUUUGCAACAUUACCCUGUUGCAGAGCUUAGUAGAUAGAUUGCCUUCAAUGAUAAAGCUCAACUGGGCGACUCAUCGUCAAAACAUGAAACGAGUCACUCUAAUCGAAUUCAGCGACUGGUUAUAUGCGCUAGCAGAAGCAGCAAGUGCGGUGACAGUGCCUCCCUUGAUUAAUACUACCGAAGCUAAUCAUCGACGGGGAAGAAAUGACGACGGAUUCGUACAUGCACAUACGGUAACCGAGACGGGGCCGUCUUCACAAGAAUUCGAUGGCACAAAUUGCAUAAUCUGUCAGGGUAGUUGCCCGACAGUAGGUCACUGUAAGCAGUUCUUAAGACAAGACCACUCUUCUCGUUGGGCUCUUCUAAGGAACCACAAAUUGUGUCGUUGUUGUCUAAAGUUGCAUAAAGGACUGUGCAAAUUCAGUAAACAAUGCGGGAAAGACGGGUGCCCAUACAAGCAUCACCAGCUGCUUCAUAACGAUGCCAAGGACAAGUCGAAUCAACACAACCGCAGUGAUGCCCAACCGACUGAAACACAAUCGAUUAUGCAUAGCUCAACCGAGUUAGGUUCAAACAACUUCAAUUGCAAUACUCAUCGCACGUGCGAAAAGUCAGUGUUGUUUAAAUACAUUCCAGUAAUACUAUACAAUCAAGGGCGAUCCAUUAAUACGUACGCCUUCUUAGAUAGUGGAUCCUCACUUACGUUACUAGAAGAGAGUCUAGCAUCCGAUUUAAAUCUUCAAGGAGAAAGGCACCCUCUAUGCCUUCGGUGGACUGCCGAUACGUGUCGCUAUGAAGAUUCAGCGAUCAAGACCUCCGUUGAUGUAUCCGGAAUACGAAGCGCAGAUAAGAAGUAUCGUCUCUCUGAUGUUUAUACAGUAAAGGAGUUGAAGCUGCCUCUUCAAACCUUACCAGUGGAGAGGCUUGCCAGAAGUCAUGCUCACCUUAAGGGAAUACCGGUCGACUCAUACGUUGACAUACAACCUCGAAUACUAAUAGGUGUAAAUAACACCCAUGUCGUGCAUUCACUAGACAGUCGCGAAGGGAACGAGCACGAACCGAUAGCGACCAAAACUCGGCUUGGAUGGAUUAUCUACGGUACCAGUCUGACGCAUACUGCCCGUAGUAGCGAUCCCAUAGUUAACUUUCAUUUAUGCUCACACUCUUACGGAGGCAAUUCGUCAAAUGAUGACGCUCUCGACGAUGCCGUAAAGAAAUACUUUGCAUUAGAAAGUCUGGGAAUUACAAAGUCGCAAAAGGCAAUGCUUUCGACCGAAGACGAAAGAGCUCUGAAAAUUCUCCGUUCUACAACGAGUCUCUGCCAUGGUCGUUACCAAACGGGCCUCCUGUGGAAAUACGACGAUGUAAGGCUACCGAAUAGCAAACCACUAGCCGAGCGACGACACCGUUGCCUGAUGAAAAAGCUGCAACGCGACCCCGAACUGUUGAAUAUACUGAAGUUGAAAAUGAAUGAUUAUCUGGAAAAGGGAUAUAUUCGCAAGCUCUCAAGCGAAGAAUCCAUGAUGAACAACGAUCGUAUAUGGUACCUACCCAUAUUUCCCGUAUUUAAUCGAAAUAAACCGGGCAAAGUACGCAUAGUAUGGGACGCUGCGGCUUCGACAGGAGGCGUCUCGUUGAACUCAGUCCUUCUAAAAGGCCCAGACCUCUUAACAUCCUUACUAUCAGUACUGCACAAAUUUCGAGAGCGGCGAGUCGCGAUAUCCGGUGAUAUACGCGAAAUGUAUCACCAAGUCGUUAUAAACGAUGGUGAUCAGCACUGUCAACGAUUCAUGUGGUGCGAGGAUGACGAGGCAGGGGAGCCUAGCGAGUACAUCAUGAAAGUAAUGACCUUCGGGGCUACGUGCUCGCCCAGCAGCGCUCAGUUCAUCAUGAACGAGAACGCGACACGAUUCGAGCAACAAUUUCCGUUAGCGGUUGAUGCGAUCAGACGUAGGCAUUAUGUUGACGACAUGCUUACAAGCGUCGACACUGAAAAUGAAGCGAUUCUGCUCGCGUCAAACGUUCGCUUCAUUCAUCAGCAAGGAGGCUUCGAGAUGCGAAACUGGAUGUCAAAUUCAUCAACGGUUCUAAGAGCACUUGGUGCUGCACGAAGAAAUGAUAAGAACAUGGACAUGGAUUCCAGCCAAUGCUUUGAGAAAGUGCUAGGAAUGUGGUGGAACACCGAGAAUGACGUUUUUCGAUAUAAACUGUCAACUGAUCGUAACCGUGAACUGCUCUCUGGAAAGGAAAUACCGACCAAACGCGAAGUUCUCAGAACGUUAAUGUGUACCUACGACCCCCUCGGUCUGAUCGCAAACUACAUGAUGCCUUUGAAGAUACUUCUCCAAGAAAUUUGGAGGGCCGGCACGGGCUGGGACGAGCGAAUUGGUGACAGAGAAUUUGCAAAGUGGAAUUCAUGGUUGAACAUGUUGCCGUACAUUGAAUCAGUGCGAAUUCCUAGGUGCUACUAUGCCCCUAACGCUAACAACAGCCGACAGAUAAUCGAGCUACAUACGUUUGUAGACACCAGCGAGUCCGGAAUGGCAGCAGUGUCGUACUUCCGCUUUGUAACAGAGAAUCAAAUAUACUGCGUACUAGUUGGCUCCAAAACUCGAGUGGCACCGUUAAAAUUUGUCUCAAUUCCUCGUCUUGAACUUCAAGCAGCCGUCAUUGGUGUGAGACUAGCUCAAAGCAUCCUACAGAAUCACACCUACGAAAUUGCCCACGGUUAUUAUUGGACUGACGCACGUGACGUCAUAUGCUGGCUGAAGUCUGAUCACCGGCGCUAUUCACAAUUCGUUGGUUUUCGUGUGGGAGAAAUCUUAGAAUCGUCAAACACGACGGAAUGGAGAUGGCUGCCCGGCAAACUGAACGUUGCAGACGAAGCUACGAAAUGGCAGCAUUUACCAUCGUUCGACGACAGUAAUCGCUGGUUUCGAGCACCACCGUUUCUUUGGAAGCCGCACGCCGACUGGCCCGUAUCGUCGGUUAACGAGUGGACAUCGACAGAGGAGAUUCGAACAAACCUGUUGCAUCAUUAUGAGAGCCCGAUUAGCGAUAUAUUGGAGCCAAAAAAUUAUUCCAGCUGGAAACACUUAAUUCGAUUAACUGCCUUUGUCCGUCGAUUCCCGUUGAACGUCAGGCGGAGAAAGAUAGGAAAGUAUCCGGUAACAGGUCCUCUCACCAGCGAUGAACUAUCGGACGCUGAGAAUCGUAUUGAUGAAAGUAAUUACGCCGGAAAAUAUACGAAGCAUCCUAUUGUUCUACCGCGAGAUCAUCCGGCUACCAACCUAAUCCUGCAAGAAAUACAUAAUCGUUACCACCAUCAAUGUCACAAAACAUUUAUUAAUGAAGUCAGCAGAAAAUUCUACAUCGCGCGAGUUCAUGUUGCAUGCUGGAGAAUCCGACGCGAGUGUCAACGCUGCAAGAUUCGGUCCGCGCGUCCUCAGCCACCAGCAAUGGGAAAUCUACCGAAAGCUCGCUUAGCAGCAUACGUUCGUCCAUUCUCCUACAUAGGCGUAGACUACUUCGGCCCCAUGACAGUGGUUAUCGGUCGCCGGUCGGAAAAGCGCUGGGAUGUCUUAAUCACCUGCCUGACCACCCGUGCCAUCCAUAUUGAGAUAGCCCACUCGCUCUCAGCAGAUUCGUGUAUAAUGGCGAUCAGAAACUGUAUAUCCCGAAGAGGUACUCCAGUCCAAAUAGUAAGCGAUCGGGGCACAAACUUCAUUAAAGCUGAUAAGGAAUUGAAAAAGGGACUAGCUGGCUUGGAUCAAGAAAGAAUGAUUGCAGAGUUGACGACGCCCGAAACCUCGUGGACCUUCAACCCACCCGCGUCACCACACAUGGGCGGCUGCUGGGAGCGGCUUAUCCAAUCGGUGAAAAGGGUGUUAGCAGAAAUUAGACCAACGCGACCUCCCUCGGACGAAGUCCUGAGAAACACAAUGCUGGAAAUAGAAAAUAUCAUCAAUAGUAGACCAUUAACACAGGUCCCGAUCGAUCAUGAGUCAUCUCCGGCUCUAACUCCCAACCAUUUUCUUUGCUUCAGCUUUACGACAGAGCUGGAAGGUGUCGCAAAUAUUGGCAAACGCGUUUUGGAAAAGGUGGGUAGUGGAUUACCUACCAACGAUCACCCGGAGAACUAA